AUGGGAACAAGGGAACCGUUGACGAGACAGUUGACCCCUCAGAAAAGGUUGACGGCCAUGUCUGAGAACUCACUGCGAAUCAAAGAGGCAGCAAGACUGACUACUUUAAACAAUAAAAGUGCAUACAAAGUGAAACAACGGACGGAAUUGCAGGAGAAGUUAAAGACUCUCACUGAGGCAUACUUACAGGUAGAUGAGGACCUCAGCAUUGUGUCCCUGUCGGUUGUCCUCCAAUUUGCCAGGUCAGAACUUCAAAAGGCAGCUCCUGGGUGCUAUCCGACCACUUGAACAAAGUGAAUAAAGACUGUCAAAAAUGUGUAAACAUCGCUUAUACGGCAGCCGAAUUCCACAGACGUCCGAGGAGGCCCAAGAAAGAUGAGACUGCUGCAGAAUCGUUUUUUGAAAACGUCAAAGCCGCUACAAAGAGCGUUGAAGACUGUUUCAACUACAUUCGCAACCCUCGUGCUCGGGUUAACCUGAGGUCCAUCAAUAAUCAUCUGUCCUUCUAGAUCUCAGACAUAGUGAGCUGAGCCAGGCUGGUAGUGGAGACCCAUUGUAUCACUCAGUCUGGAGAUCCAGAUACAGAUGGUCGGCCAAGGGCUCGCUAUAUAGUCUAAGAGAUCUAUAAGGUGGAUGGGCUAUACCAGGAAGGAACACGUUUUUUUUUUUAGCUUUGUUCAUCGUUGUCUGUCUUUUGGUAGAGUUUUUAGCUGUGUUGUCUACAGUCCCCCUUGUUUUUAUUAUUUUAAUCACACACUGUAGUACUUUGAGAUUGUUAUAAUGAAAAUCACGGUAGAGCAUGGCGCUUGCAACGCAAGGGUUGUAGGUUCGAUUCCCACGGGGGGCAAGUAUGAAACAUUUAUGCACUCACUAAUUGGAAGUCGCUCUGGAUAAGAGCGUCUGCUAAAUAACUAAAAUGUAAAUAUAUCAAAGUUGGUCUGCAGUGUGGAACUCCAGGGGAUUCCAAAGAAGGGAUGACUGCGACCACUCUUUUUUUCUAUUCUGAAGAGGGUUGAUUACCAACCAGACAUUGCCCCCUGGCAGACAACCAAUUCAGAGAAUAUAAAUACCACAGAACAGAAUGCCAGUAUCUGUGCUGCAAUGCCCAAAUAUUAA